AUGUAUUACUCCGCGCUGCUUGCCCCGCUGCUGUUGGCCUCAACCGCCAUUGCCGCACGUAUCGUACCAGGAGCAACAUGGACCGACACUAGUGGCAAUGUUAUACAAGCGCACGGUGCAGGGAUACUCAAGGUUGGAAGCACGUUCUACUGGUUCGGGGAGGACAAGGCCGCCAAUAGCGCGCUGUUUCAUGCCGUGUCUUGCUACUCUUCCACCGAUCUCGCAACCUGGACGCGUCAGACCAACGCAUUAUCACCAGUUGCGAACACAAUGAUCUCCUCGUCGGAUAUCGUCGAGCGCCCCAAAGUCAUCUACAACACGAAGAACUCCGAGUACGUUAUGUGGUUCCACUCGGACACCAGCAAUUAUGGCGCGGCAAUGGUCGGUGUUGCAACGUCGAAGACACCCUGUGGCCCGUACACAUACAAGGGUAGCUGGAAACCUCUCGGAGCCGAUUCGCGAGACGAGAGCAUCUAUCUAGAUGACACGGGCAUUGCGUACUUGUUAUACGCAUCUGAUAACAACCAGAACUUCAAGAUCACGCAACUCGACUCGAACUUCUACAACGUCACGACUACAGUGGCCGAACUCAGUGGCGCAACACUUGAGGCUCCAGGUAUAGUCAAGCGAAGUGGGAAGUACUACCUCUUUGCGUCGCACACGUCGGGAUGGGCUCCCAAUCCCAACAAGGUCUUCACUGCUUCGGCGAUUUCGGGACCAUGGUCGUCGCAACAGGACAUCGCGCCAGAAUCUUCAAACACCUAUUAUUCGCAGAACGCGUACGAUCUUCCACUCGGCAGUAGUGCGAUCUACAUGGGCGACCGCUGGCGCUCAGACAUCCUUGGCACUUCUACUUACAUAUGGUACCCGAUCGACUUCUCAGGGAGUGUACCUACACUGGUGCACGCUGACGUAUGGGACCUUGACAUCGCGGCCGGCACAUACAGCGUUGUUUCUGGUACGACCUACGAAGCGGAGUCAGGCACGCGGAGCGGUUCUGCGACACUCAUCACCAGUUCUUCCAUGUCUGGUGGGAAGGCGGUAGGGUAUCUAGGAAAUGGCGGCUCCGUCGCGAUCACCGUCCAAGGAAGCAAUGCCAACGCAUGGAUCUCGCUGUAUUAUGCCAAUGGAGACUCUUCCUGGCGCAACACGACUGUCAGUGUCAACGGCGGCACCCCUGUGACCGUAGUACAGCCCAGCACAUAUAACGGCCAGGUUACGCUGAGCGUGCCUGUGCGCGUUCAUCUCAACUCAGGUUCCAAUACGCUCACUUUUGGAGCAGGCCAAUCGAAUUAUGCAGGAGACCUGGACAAGAUCAUCGUGUAUCCGGCAUAG